GAUUUUCAUGAUUAUUUUCACAAGAUUAGAUCAGUUACCAGUGGAUUAAGGGUUGACCACUUACAUUGACCCUCUCUACCUAUUUGUUGUAAUCCUGACGAGCCGAUUACUUGAAGGACUGCUGGAGUUGUUUUGUGUUUAUAAAGGCAUACAAGAGAUAAGGUACACAUCGGGUUUGAUUGUUUGAUUGAGUGGCUUUGUUGUCAAGAUAAUAGCUAUUAUUGUCUUUUAACAUGAAGGAGUUGUUUGAUAUACAUGCUUAAUUUCACCCGAGGUGGACGUUUUAGGGUAAAAAAGCACAACCUAAACAACUAACCCUAACCUCAAAGCAGUUUCUAUAUGCUACCUGCCAUUUCCUGAAGCAUGGUGCUGUGUUAACCACUGGAAUUUGAAUUAGUAAUGCUGCUGACAGGAGGCUGUCAUUAGGGUAUGUGGCUAAAAUCAUCGCAGGUAAAGAUCUAAAUUUGCUUUGCUGAAACCAAAGCGUGCUGUGCUAAUAAGUCAGUAUUUCUCCACUUCCAGUAACUUACUUUUCUUGUUAAGGUGCUACUAAUCACACAUUUUAUACAUUGUUGUAAUGCUUCCCCUGUGUUCUCAUGCUGGCAGUGGCAAGGUGACGCAUGGGGAAAUGAUUUAGACUAGCAGAAACAUGGGUUUGCUUCCAUUUAUCUCAGUUAAUAUUGACCUUUUUUGAAUGAGCUGCGUAACAUGAUUUGCCUUUACAUUUUCUUAUUUUUCAUGUGGCAAUCAUUCAGAUGUCGCUUUCUGCAGCAUGGAAGAAAAUUGUAUUUGUCCACUCGGUGGGUGUAAAACUGAUCGACCGUUCUAACCAUUUUAGAUUGUACGGUUGUCAUCAAACUGGCUGCAAUAUUUAGCAAACUUAACAGCCACAGCCACAGCUCAGGUUCCUGUCACUUUUACAGUGGCUGAUCUAGAAUGCCUUGCCUGGUUGGCUGUGACUUGAAUGGGAUGACUCUGUUAGACAGACAGCUUUGGGUAAACCUAGCAGGGACGGACCUGUCAGCAGUUCUGCAGCAGUGUGGCGGUUUUCUAGACACUGAGCCUCCCGGGUCACUAAUGUUCCAUAAUGCUGACUUUGCCUGGCCUACCUCAUUGUGUCCAGUGGUGCACACUACAGUCGGUGUUUGCCAUUCUAAAGUGUAGGCUAAUGUAAGUAGCCCUUUUGUGGUAAAUUGUCCCUCUACCCCUCCAUAUGAGAGGGUUGAAUUUUCUGAACAAUGCUGAAGCAGACACAGCGGAAGAAUCUUUAUCACAGUCUGACAACUAGCAGGGCAGUUAGCAGACAAAAAUUCAGUAUAACCUGUUUUUUUUUUUGUUUUUUUUUGUUGUUUUUUUUUUAGUUCAAGGAUGACCUCACCCUGCUGCAUGCGUCACCAUGUGUCUGCCAAAUUAGUUUCACACAUUAGCAAACAGUUAAAUCGGAAACGAAGAUUCGGUUGAUUUUUUUCCUGUGAGGUUCAGGGAUUCCCCUAGGGGUGUGUCAGUAUGGACUGUGGAGAGAGUGCCAGUACCUUUUUAUGUUGGCCUCCUAGGAUUAAACAUAUUUCAACAUGAAUUAUUUUAAAGAGUAGUCUAAAUGCCUGGGGGAGGGGCCAGAACAAGCCCACUCAUCUCUUGGCAUGUUGUAGUAACGGGUUGCUUGAAUGUCUCAUCGACUUCAGUUCCUCAGCUCUGGAGCGUCUUUCAGCUCAAAGCGAGCUCGUCUGUGGUUUCUCUAGCCCUUUAGUGUGUCUUUUUGAAUAGCAUCUGCUCUGUACAAUCGCACGAUAAAUUGCACAAUUGCUGUUUUUCUAAGACUAUUUCAGUUUGUGUUCGUCGGCUACAUUGCUUCAUUAAUUACGGCAACUGUAUUGUCCAGCCGUAGUUACACUGUGAAUGCAGAAAGCAGUUUGUCAAAUAUGUAACUGCUAAGGCAGAGUGAGUGACAAUGAGCCCAUUGAGAUUUAGAGAUGCCACUGUAGUUGACAUUGUAGAAGUUUGAGCUCAUGCUGUGCUUCACUGGACUGUAUGGAAACAGAAAAGGGUUCGAUAACAAUGCCUGCCAUUGUAUCAAUUUAUCCUUCUCUGUACUUUGCAUUGACAGUUUUCUCAAUAAAUAAGUAAAACAUUCCAUAUUCAUGUGAUGCAAAAUGUACCUUGCUUCUCUACUUUUGUUUUUUACUGUCAAAAAAAUCCAAAAGUCAGCCGACACAGUUCUGAUGAAAGACUAGAAACUAUUAUCUUUUAUCUCCUUUCCUUUUGUGCUUCCCUUCCUACCUGUUCUUGUCUCUCACGUCUCUGUGUGCUGUAUUUGACUCUCUGUCUCUUUCUUCCCUCCUCACUAUACUACAUCUCUUGUCUCACUUAUUCUCAGGUCGCUGAAGAUGCCUGCUGUAAGGCAUCAGAGAGGAGACAUGGUCAUGGGCCGCUGGCCUGGCAGCAGCCUGUAUUAUGAGGUCAAGGUGCUGGGCUUCGAUGCCAAAAGUAGUCUGUACACCGUCAUCUACAAGGACGGUACCGAGCUGGAGCUCAGGGAGCAAGACAUCAAGAAUGCUUCAGAUUUCUCGAUCCGCCCUCGCUCUCGAUCUCGAUCUCCAGGCCGCCGCUCCCGCUCCCGCUCCCCAGCAAGGACCACGCGGCGCUCGCCCUCCCGCAAGGCGGCGGCUGUCGCUGCUGCAGCUCUAACGGAUGGCCCGCCGUCCUCCCGCAGGGAUACAAGGCUGAAGGAUACACUAGAAGUCAGGCUGAGUCCCCUGCAACAGACAAAGGCAGCUGAGAACAAUAGCAACAAUGGGCAGGAAAAGAAAGAGGAGAAUAACACAGUAAAUGUGAAAUCUGAGGCUACGGUAGAGGCGGAGCCUGAUCAGAGCCAAGGCCGUUACAAUCUGCGCCGCAGGAAGAACACUGGAGAUGCCAAACCAGUCGAGGCCAAACCAGAGCAGCUGGAGGAGGAGGAUGCCAAGCUGGCUGCUGCUCCUACAGUUCCUGCUGCCUCCCUCACCACCCCUCUGGACUUUGGAGGCAAGAUAGGAGCAUACUUCUGGCUGCUCUUCCUGCCGGCCUGGGUUCUCUUCCUGGUACUCCAGGUCAACCAGGAGGACCCCAGUCUGACCAGCUUCCCUCCCCCUCUGCCCCCUCUUGACGCCUUCUGGGAUGCUCAGGCUUUUGGCCUUGUGAUCCUCUGGAUCUUAUUCCAGGUCCUGCUCUACGUGCUGCCUGUUGGGAAGCUGAGCGAGGGCAUGCCACUUCGGUCUGGGGAGAGGCUGAAGUACAGAACCAAUGGUUUCUUCGCCAUCACGGUGAGCUCUCUAGUUGCAGUAGCAGCGGUGCACCAGGGCGUCGACCUCACCUACAUCCACAGCCACUUCCUGCAGCUGGCUGUGGCCUCCUUCCUCAUCGCCGUCCUGCUCAGCGUCUACCUGUAUGUCCGCUCUCAGUACGCUACCGCGGAGAAGCUGGCACUGGGGGGAAGCUCCGGCAAUGUGGUCUAUGACUUCUUCAAAGGACAUGAGCUCAAUCCACGCAUCAAAGAAUUUGACCUGAAAUUCUUCUGCGAGAUGCGCCCCGGUCUGAUUGGCUGGUGUUUGGUCAACUUUGCGAUGGCGCUGGCUGAGAUGAAGCAGCAGCGUCUGGAUGCUCCAUCCUACUCCAUGAUCCUUGUGAACCUCUUCCAGCUGCUCUACGUGGUGGACGGCCUCUGGAAUGAGGAGGCCAUCCUGACCACCAUGGACUUGAUGCACGAUGGUUUUGGCUUCAUGCUGGCGUUUGGUGAUCUGGUAUGGGUUCCCUUUACUUACACCCUGCAGGCCUACUACCUGGUCAGCCACCCCAACCCCCUGAGCCUCCCCGCUGUCGCAGCCAUAAUCGCACUCAAGCUCGUUGGCUUCUACAUCUUCAGGAAGUCCAACUCUGAGAAGAACGCCUUCAGGAGAAACCCAUCAGACCCCAAACUGUCUCAUCUGCAGACGAUCCCCACAGCUACAGGAAAGAGUCUGCUGGUGUCUGGCUGGUGGGGCGUGGUCCGCCACCCCAACUACCUGGGAGACCUUUUGAUGGCUCUGGCCUGGUCCCUACCCUGUGGCUUCAGCCACCUCCUGCCGUGGUACUACAUGAUCUACUUCAUCAUCCUGCUUGUGCACCGAGACGCCCGGGACAUGAGCGAGUGCAGGAGGAAGUACGGCUCUGCGUGGGAAGAGUACUGCCGGACUGUCCGCUACCGGAUCAUUCCUCGUGUCUACUGAGGAGCCUGGUGCUGGACACUCCCGAGCCGAGACCUUCUCUACCCAAUAUUAAGGCUCACCAAAAAAAUCUAACUUAAAUUUGAAUGGAUAAUUGACUGAUUUUACUUUUUAAAUCUUUGUUUUUUUAAUCCAAGAAUUUUUCAAAUCUUGAUUCUGGAAUGAAGGAGCAGCAGUAUUUUGAAUUUUUUGAUGCAAGAGAAAACGGCACCCAUUGGUAUCAUUGGUACCGUGGACUAUUUGAAGAAUUGCCUUUAUUUUAAUAGAAAUUUAAAAAAAAUAGUCUUUGAAUAGUUUUCAAAAUUCGGGAGGAAUGAAAAUGCUUCUGCUAGGAAUGUCUUGUUAGGAUGUAUAUUUUUGUAUAUACACUUGUUUUAUACUUCAAUAAUAUCUCAACAUUUGCAUAAUUUUACUCUUUGCUCCUAUAUUCAAAAUGUCACAAUGUCAGCUUGGCUAUUAUGAAUCAUUUUUGUAAGUACGCCUUCCUGCUAUAACUAUACUGGAUGUGUAUAUUGUGAAGGCUGGGAUUCAAAAUGCUACCUAUUUUGAACUGAUCUGCACAGUGGAACUGGGGCUAAUGUUCUUACUCAGGACCCAGAACUUUGUCAGAAAGAUGAGUUAUGAAAGUUGCCUUUUUUAAUUUUUUUUUUUAAUAAUAACAUUAAUCCCAAAGUGUAUUUGAUUUGGUUUCUUGCUACCUCAGGUUCAGUCACUUUGCUACCUCAGGUUCAGUCACUUUGCUGUGCACACUCUCUUGGGAGUGUGUGUGUGCUUAGGAAAGCAAAGUGAGGUGUGUUUGUUUGUUCCAACAGUAGCGUUUGUAUCCGUUAUGAACAAGUAGCGGCCAUCGCACGCGUCAUGCUUAACCUUGCAAACGACUGAUUUUUAUGGCAAUGAAACCAUCUGCAUCAUAUUCCCGAUCAUGAACUAGUUGUUCAUUUCCCACCACUGCCACAUGCAUUUAGUUUGAACCUAUUCAAGCUUUGACACAAAGGUAAUAUGACAACGACAAUUUUAAUGAAGUUUAUACUGUGACGACAUGGAACGCUGUUGACUGUGCAUUAGCAAUUGUGAACCCAAAAAAGUAUUUGUGCAGCUGUAGCUGAGUACAAAAGUAGCAAUAUAUGAACUAGAUUAGGUAGCAUGUUUCUUAUGCUGUGCUGACUGAAUUCUUUGUACAUAUUUUUUUUUUUUUUGUUUUUAAAUCGUUAUUUUCAGUAAAGGAGAUAACAGUAAAAGUAAUGUUUCUCAUUCGAUAUUUAAUACUGCUUUGUAUUUGUUUGGGUUUUUGUUUUAAAGUUAACUUUGAAUUUUGACCACUGUAGUUAUGUUUACACCUAGAUCUGCCAUGUGUCUGCACAAAACAAAUGGUCUGUAACACUUGUCGCAUGACUAAAGAAAAAGCAUGUGUGAUACUAGAGAUGCCCCAGGACAUAUGGAGA